AGUGAAAAUAGAUGGCUAGAGACUCACAAACGGUUGGAAAGAGUUUACUCUCGUAUCGAUGACAUUGUUGUUUUCAGACAAGAGAGAGAGAGAGACAUGACUUUCCACGUGACAAUGUUUGGAUCUAACUCUCUCUCUCUCUCUCUCUCUCUCUCUCUCCGACAUAACCUGGAAAGUGAAAAUAGAUGGCUAGAGACUCACAAACGGUUGGAAAGAGUUUACUCUCGUAUCGAUGACAUUGUUGUUUUCAGACAAGAGAGAGAGACAUGACUUUCCACGUGACAAUGUUUGGAUCUAACUUAUAUUUAAGAUGUGCUCAUAUAGUGGAUUUAGUCUCUUCUUUUCAGGAAAUAAUCAAAGGACAAAGAAAGUGAGAAAGAAUCCAAGAGAAGAAGCAGAGUCUUCACUAGAUCUCUCUUAUUUCGUGGCUAAUGUCACAUCUUCGAAUAUACGUUAUGACUCACUGAAUCUUCCAAUGAGAUUUGUGAGGGCAAAUGGUGUAGACACAAGAUGUGGAGAGAUGAUUCUGAUUAACGAAAAUGGCAAAUCAUGGACUGUAGAUUUGAAACGAAAGAAAUCAUGUGGAACUACUUACAUUAGACGAGGAUGGAGAAGUUUUUGUCAUGCUAAUGGACUUAGAGCUGGAAGUUCCUUCACUUUCAAACUCAUCCAAAGAGGAGCAACUUUGUGUUUACGUUUAUCCCCUAGAGAGCUAAAAGAAGAAGAUUGCUUAUCAGAACCUGAAACUAACCAAGACGAGAGAAGCUCACAGGAAUGCACAAAAAGAAAAUUUAAGAACUGUUUUGUAACAGUAACUCUUACACCUUACAACAUAGAACAAUCUAAACUGGUGCUUCCAAUACCUUUCACAAAGGUAAAUGACAUCGUAAAGGCAAAGAAGAUGAGUCUGUUGGAUAAACAUGGCGUGAAGUGGUCUAUCAAACUGUGGUUUGAGGUGGAACGUAAGAGAAUGAGAUUGGUGGGAGGUUGGAAAGAGUUCUGCUACGCUAACGGUGUGAAGAUAGGAGAGUCGAUCAUCCUGGAGCUGAUUUGGGAAACAGAGGAAAGCUCUGUUCUUAAGUUUUGUUCCAAGGUACAUUUCUAGAAUGCUAAGUGUACCUCAAGGCAUUAAAUUACUUAAACCUAUGUUUUAACUAGUGACAAGGUCCAUUUCUAGAAUGCUAUUUUUGUGUGAAGAAGUCAUUGUAGGUUGACAUUAUGGUGGCUAAUUAUAACUUUGUGGAUGCAUCCUUUAUCA